AUGCAGGCUAAUUCUAAUGUCAAUAUAAUUGUGAAUAACAACUCCCUAUGGGAAUUACUAUUUUGUGGUGUUAACUCCUCUCAAUUUCAUAGUCUGGUCAAUUCAAACUUGACAGACUCUUUACCCUUGAAAAAUCAUCUGGAACGUUUAACUAGUAUUCAUGAUUUUGAUCUUCUCAGUCUAAAUACUGGAGCUCCAGACAGAAAUUCUGCUAUGGAGCCUUUUUGUCGCUCUGUUCGCUGCAAUUAUUAUUCUCCUCAUAGUUUCAGUAUUCUAAAGGAUAAAAUUAAUAAUCGACUGGAAUUAAAUAAGCAAUUUGCAGUACUUCACAACAAUGUUAGAAGUCUAAAGAAAAAUCUGGAAAAUUUGCAAACACAUCUUUCGAAUGAACUCAAUUAUAAUUUUAGUAUGAUUGGAAUAUCUGAAACUAGAAUUAAAGGCGAAAAUUGCGAUUUUAAUCCUUUGUUGCCAGGUUAUAAUUUUGAGUUUGUGCCGACGCCAUUGGCUGCCGGUGGAGUUGGAAUGUACAUUAAUGAUGCUUUAAAAUAUAAAAUAAUAGAUAAAUGUGCUAAUGAAGCCUUUGAGGCACUUUGGAUUGAAAUCAUUCAACCAACAAGUGCUAAUAUUAUUUGCGGUGUAAUUUAUAGACAACACAAUUCACUUGUAUUGUCACUCUAA